AAGAAGUUUCACACGUAGGCGUAUUUUGUUUUCAGACGAGCUGGAUUUACCGUAACCCACAGGGCAGUUGGAGUCAGUAACCAACAUCACCAGCAGUUAUUUGUGGCGGCACGGCUGGGAAAAGCUGUUUUCUUGCUCCUGUCACGUUACCGUCAGGGCUAAAUUAAAGCACGCCUGACGAGCAGCAGCACCGGGUCCAGUAUGUCGGGUAUGACAGCCAGUACAAUAAGCUACCUGUGGUCUUUAGACGAUGUCCUCGGGCAGGGGGCUACUGCCAGCGUCUACAAAGCACGCCAUAAGAGGUCGGGUGAACUGGUGGCCGUCAAGGUGUUUAACAUAAUGAGCUACAACCGCCCCCACGAGGUCCAGAUGAGGGAGUUCGAGAUGCUCCGGAAGCUCAACCACAGCAAUAUUAUCAAGCUAUUCACCGUGGAAGAGCUGCCCUCUAAACAAAAGGUGCUGGUGAUGGAGUAUUGUUCAGGAGGGAGUCUCCUAAGCCUGCUCGAGGAGCCGGAAAACGCCUUUGGUCUCGCUGAAACAGAGUUCCUCACAGUAUUGCAGUGUAUAGUGCAAGGUAUGAAUCACCUGCGGGAAAAUGGAGUGGUGCACCGGGACAUUAAGCCAGGGAACAUCAUGCGGCAAGUUGGGGAGGACGGCAGGUCUGUUUACAAGCUGACAGACUUUGGAGCAGCAAGAGAGCUCGAAGAUGACGAGAAGUUUGUCUCCAUUUAUGGAACCGAAGAGUAUCUGCACCCAGACAUGUAUGAGCGUGCGGUGCUACGUAAGCCUCAUCAUAAAUCUUACGGGGUGAGUGUCGACCUGUGGAGUAUUGGUGUGACCUUAUACCACGCUGCCACUGGGAGUCUUCCCUUCACACCAUAUGAAGGACCACGAAGGAACAAGCCCAUUAUGUUCAAAAUAACCACAGAGAAACCUAUGGGGGCGAUAGCUGGAAUACAACGGGCAGAGGGCGGACCUAUAGAGUGGAGCUAUCACCUACCUCACAGCUGCCAGCUGUCACAGGGUCUAAGGGUGCAGCUGGUUCCAGUACUAGCAGGUAUAAUGGAGGCUGACCAGGAAAAGUGUUGGUGCUUUGACCAGUUCUUCACAGCCACCACAGAUAUAUUGCAGCGGCAAGCAGUUCACCUCUUUUCUCUGCAGCAGGCCAUGGCACAUUGUAUCUACAUACACCACUACAACACAGUAUCAAUCUUCUUCGAAGAGGUGGCGUCUCAGACAGGUAUAGGGGUACAGCAACAACAUCUCAUGUACCUCGGACAUGACCUGCUCUUGGAGGGCAGCAUGAAGGUGGUCAAUCUUCCACGAACUUCACCUUCUCAGCCCCUCCUUCUGCUCACCUAUGCACCUGAUGCAAACACCAGCCUGCCAUUCAGAGAACCAGAGAGUCCCGUCAUCCCGGCCAGGUUUGACGUCAUGGCAGAUUACAAUUUCUCCAAGAUUGUAGUAGGUGUAGUCCACCAGUAUCUGAGGAUAGUGAAGCUGCUCCACAGGCACCGGGAGCUGCUGCUGCAGGGAUAUUACAGCUACAUAAUGAAAUUGCGCAACGAGUGCAGAGAAGCCUUGCACAGUAUUGCCAUGGUCACCAUUAGACUGCAGUCCUGCCUCAAUGCAGAACACAGGAUUCGCACGCUAGGCCCUUACACUUCAGAAAAUCAAGGCUCAGCUGCUAAUGGUCAAAGGUUGCGGCAGGUUCAUCAUCACCUACCUGUGUACAGCGCUGGUAUCCAAGAGUUUCAGAACCGACUAGAUCAACUACAGAUAGAACAGGCCAAGUUGGCAGAGACUCUGGCCAAUGAUAAGAGCUGCCAGAAGAUAGAAAUGCUGCUACAGAAGAUAACUGCAAUUCAUCAGCAUUAUCGUAAAGACAGGCUGACCGGCAAGCUAGCAUACAAUGAUGAGCAAAUCCACAAGUUUGAGAAAAUCCACCUGUCGAGCCACAUUAAGCGAGUGAAAUCUCUGUUCAGAGAAGACUGCGUGCAGAAAUACAAAGAGGUUUUAGCCUCAGCAAAAACAUGGAACAGCCUUAUGCUGGAGAUGCAGACCCGACUGCAGGACUUCAGUUCUUUCUCUGCAGGCUUAAUGGCAGACUUAGAGAUGAGUGAGCAGUGCCAGAAUAAGGUUAUGGACAGAAUCCUUUACACUCUGCAGUCCAAAAGACCAGAACAACAGCCAGCAGUCAUACCCAAAGACAAUGACCAGAUGGUCUCCAGGAUGCACCAUUUGAAGGAGGAAAUGGAGAUUCUGGUGAGGGAGCUACAGUGUAACAACGGUAUUAUAGAGAGCCUGGGAGCCGUGAACUCUCCUGCAGCUCUGGAGCCGACUUUGGACAGACCUUCUACACUGUGACACAAGAGCACUGUCUCUGGACCUUGCCUCUGAAAGGCGCACACACUCUCUCUCUGAAAAUCACCUCAUUUUAAGUACCAUUAAUGAAUGUACUGGCCUUUCAAGGACCAUCUACAGUGUUUGUUUUUAUCUGCUUCCUCUUCCUUUAACAAUCAAUGAAAUGUCUUUAUCAAUUUAGAAAUAAGAUAAGCAUAAAGAGAAAGGAGGAUAGGCUUCAGAUCUGUGUGUGUGUGUGUGUGUGUGUGUGUGUGCUGCUGAGUAUAGCAGUAAUAAAAUCAAUAAAAUCUUCAUUAAUGCCUUAAGUGUUAUUGUAUUUGUAAUAGGCUGCCAUUGAGAUAGACAGCCAGGAGAGAAUGAAUGCAAAGUCAGCUCUUACUGUUUUUUGUGGUCCUUUGUUUCACAGAAGAGGAAGAGUAGGCUCUGGAGAACCUUGAAUAGUGUAUUUAUUCAGACAGAGUGUGUACUAGUAUGCAGGUUUUGAUUAUAUUUGGGAUAUAAAAACAUUAUAACAUUAUAAAAAACAGUAUAGGAUGUUUCUGUACAAAUCUGCUCAUAAACAGGAUAACGGUU